GGAGAAAAUAAGGGUGCAAACUUGUGCACAGAAAAAAAGAAAAAAUGGUGCAUCAGUAUAAACCAGUGGUAACAGCAGGAAGAUGAGAAAUCAGGCCACAGCAUGUAGUGUGGUAGAUGUUUUACAUGUUGCAACACAAUUUCCUUUGUAGUCCAAAUUCCAACAUUGAGCAAAAAUUAGAUCAUAUAAGCAACACAUCAUGCAGCCUAAUCUAUAGAUCUAUAGGGACCGGCUGUGGCUCAGGGUUGAGACGUGUCAUUGACGAGUCCUUCUGCACAGUUAAGAAGGCAGUCUGUGGUACGUCACUUCAACCCUGUGACGAGAAUGCUGAUGAUGUGCAAAUGCAAAGCCGUCUGGCGAAGGGGGGGACAAUUUGAAAGACAAUUUGCAUGGCAUUAAAUGUGACAAGCAUAAUUGUAUUAUUCUGUAUGAAGACAAUUAGUGCCCUAUAUUCCUCUCUGCAUGCUGUCAAUGCUUGAUGAGAUGACAGGCCUACAGAGAUGCAUUUUUGUUUUGCAAUCCGGUGCCACUCCUCAUGCAAACUAAUGACAUCAUGCUGUUUUUGUACCUAUGGGCUGCUCCUGCACUUGCUGUCCUUCUCUACAAGCUCUCGUACUGCUUGAGCCUUAUGGCUUGUUCUUAGCCUGUUUUUCUGACCUUCUUUAGCCAUGCUUUUGCUUCUUUUGUGUUUAAAUCUUCCAUUUGAUGGCGUGCUGCUUGGAUACAUGUUGCAGCACCACACCCCCCUCCCUGUCUCUGACUCAGUCAGGAUAUUUAUAGACAGACUCCUGCACCCUGGCGAGUAAAGACAGACCAAGUCCUCGUGCGUUAUGCACAAAUAGAAGCAGUGGCUAAUCAAUACCUAGGCUCGCUAGACGGGUAAUUAUUCUACCCAUAUUCUAGGAAUAGCAAAAGCACAAUAAUACCCUAUUUAUUUGUCAUUAUCGUGGCAAAAUACAAGGAAUAAUGCACUUCAGGAUGUGCUGUUAUAAUGGCCGGGUGGUGUGAAGCUGAGUAGAUUAUUUUUCGAGUAACGCCACAUUGUGUCGACUUUGAUUAUCGUUAUAUGACAGUAAUUUGCAAAUUGUUGCAAUUUUCAGUUUAGUAGCGAACAGCGUGGUACUGUUUUGAGCUACAUUUCGUGCCGUGAAACAUCUACGAGACGAGUCAGGACCCGUUUAUCACUUGCUAUAGCAGCUAUAAAUGCUUGUUCCCUCAUCAGUCUCUCUUCUUUGUUUCUGUCACAUUGAAUACACACGUUUUAUUGGACGACACGUGCAGCAACAAAACUGCUGAACCUUCUGACCAAUCAGAUUCACGAAUUCUACUGCGUUCUGUUAUUCUAUAAUGCACUAGACAGACUGACAGAUAGAUAGAUAGAUAGAUAGAUAGAUAGAUAGAUAGAUAGAUAGAUAGAUAGAUAGAUUGAUAGAUUGAUAGAUUGAUUGAUCUUUCAAAUUUGUGUGUUAACAUAAUGUUUAUUUCUUUGUUUGGAAAUAUGCGAUAGAAUAAUUCUCAUUGUCCUUCAGCUACAUUCUUCCAUGUCAGUAACAAUAAACUCCGAUAAAGUAAAUAAACACAAAUAAUCAUGUUCAUGCUUGACUACGAUAAAUAAGUAACCCAUAAUAUUAACUUUAAACACAAUGCUAACACACUACACUUGAAAAUAACUCUGUAGCAUAGGGUUAUAGUGUUAUCUAAUGUUGUAGUCAUUUUAUAUUUGUACAAUUAACUAAGAUGACUAAAUACAGAAAAAGUUAUCCCAACAUUUAAUACAAUUUAAACGCCCUCCCAGAAGUCUUCCUCGGAACCAUUUAUUGCGUCCGUUCUGCUAUCCGGAACCUUUUGUAUGUGACACGGGAUGUGAUUGUAACUAAUAAUGAAUGAUGGUUACUACGGAGACGAAUAAACAGAGGCGCUGCUCUGAUUACAGCACUGAGAGCUUCCGUGUGUUUCAUUUAGAAUUAUAAACGUAGAUACGUUUUUUAUUUUAUUAUUACUAUUAAUAAUAAUAAUAAUAAUAAUAAUAAUAAUAAUGAUAAUAAACGCGACGAGUUUGCAUCUGACACGCAUUUAAAACGUAAAUAAACACGAAAAGUUCAGAGCCGGAAGUUUGGUAGGAGAUAAGUGUAAUUAUCAUUUUAUUUUCUUUUAUUUUUUGGUGGACAUGAGGGCUCAUCAACAACACGGACGCGAAACCCAAGGACACUUUCUUACACCCACGGUAAACAGCUACAAGAUGCAUUUAGCGGAGUGAAAUCCAUUCAGUCAGAAAAACUCAUCCCCAGGCCUCUUGACAUACGGUUUCCAAAUGACUUCACAAAAACCAACAUGGACGCCUUCAAAGCUACUCCAUCGAGGCAAGACUCCAGGCUGGCUAUGUAUGGUAAAACUCUCCACAUACCAGUCCUGGGUUUCACGAAAGCGUCCCCAGGGGCGGCGCACGCCCUAACGCCCCCUCCAGUGACUAUCAAGAGGGGGAAAGGAAAGCGAGUCAACCACAGCGCCGAGCUCACCUACACACACAGCAAGGCCCCGGUGGUCUUAAGCCCAGUCGGUGAUCCAGUGGCACCGAAUAACAGAUCUGCUGCGGGUUUUCCAGUGGACUUCUCCUGCAGGAAUGACAAUCCUGUCAUCCUGGAUCGUCUGGACUUCGAUCGUCGUGGCCUGAUGGAAUUGCCAAACCUGGUAGGAAUGAAUAAGCUCCGCUUCCUCAACCUGCAGCACAACCUGAUCUCUCACCUCCCACACCUGUCUCACCUACGACACCUCGUCUUCCUCGAUCUCUACGACAACCACUUGAUUGACAUGACGGCCGUAUCCCCUCUUUGCUCCCUUAGGGUGCUUAUGCUCGGCAAGAACAGGAUUCAGAGGGUAUGUGGUCUGGACAGCCUGAAAAAGCUUGAUGUGCUGGACUUGCAUAAAAACCAGAUCAAUCGGAUCGAAAACGUGUCUCACCUGGAAGAACUCCGAGUGCUAAACCUAGCAGGAAACUGCAUCUCCAGGGUGGAGAAUCUGCAGGGUCUGGAAUCUCUGAUCGAGCUCGACCUCAGACACAACCGCAUCACGUCUGUAACGGAGGUGGACCAGCUGCCCUCUCUCCAGCGUCUCUUUCUCAGCGGUAACAGCAUCAGCAGUUUUGAUGACCUGGCCUGUCUGGGAGACUCGUGCUCUCUGAGUGAGCUCACCCUGGAUGGGAAUCCUGUAGCUCAGGAGUCAUGCUACAAACAGACAGCGCUGCGGUGCGUGCUUCCACUCCGACUGCUGGACAUGAAGCGCAUCACAGAGGAGGACAGACGCGCAGCAAACCUUUUAGCGCGAAAGGAGGAUGAGAAGAAACGUGAGAGCCACAAGCAAGCCGCUCACAAGGAGAAGCGCCGGCUGGCCAUCCGAAAUGCAGCGCAACAGUGGGAGGAGUCAAGGAGCUUCCUUGAGCUGCCAGCACAGAACGGCUCUAAAGAGGAGCUGAGCCCAGAGAACACCCCGGCCCACAGCCCAGGACAGACCAAUGGGAUCGCUCAGGAGCACUCACCCGAUGACCUCAGACGGGACAGAGGGAGUCCUCUAACUGUUCCUGAGCGUCCAGCAGGGGGCAGUGACACUAAAUUGCGUUCAAACAGUCGCCCCAACAGCCCUCGAGACCCCAAACUCCAGGAGGCAGGGGGCGCCAGCGUGCAGAGUCUGUCUCUGUCUGAGAGCCACGUGGCCGAGCUGGAUGGUGAGACGGUGCGUCUGUUCGGUCCGGGGGCUCUGGAUACUCUAGAGAGAGGCUGGGGAGUGCAGACAGCCAGCGCAGUCAAUAUCAUCGCCUUCCGCUAUAUCCAGUUCGACAGCAUCGUGCCCAUGCUGCCACGCAUUCGCCUGAAAUUCCCCAAUCUCACGCACCUGAUCUUUAUGGAGACUAAUAUAACACGGCUGCUACAGUUAGCCGCUCUGGCGCAGGUAAAGAGACUGGAACAGGUGACCAUUGAUCCAGAGGGAAACCCUGUCGUGAGUCUGACUCUGUGGCGAUCCUUUAUCAUAUACAGACUCAACCACCUGAACCUGCAGAGGAUCAAUGGCACAGAGGUAACUAUGAACGAUGUCAUGGCUGCCGAGCGCAUUUUUGGGACUCUGGGUCACGUGGCUUCGACGGAAACACCGCACUGCCGACUGCUCCUACUGCUCGAGGAGUCUAGGAAGCGGCAGCUGCAGUUCUUGCUGGAGGGCCGAGUUCGCAGGUUUGGAUUGAGCCCUGAAGAGCUGAGGGAAAACGGGAAGCUGUUGGGGGAGAGCAUGAGUCGAGCACUUUUUAACUACCACAGCAAAGACUCCAGCUCUGAGAGUCCAGAGGAGAGCAGCAGUGAGGUGCUGGAGCGCAGCUCGGCGGUGGAUCAAUACCUGAGAGGACUCGCGCAUGCCGUGUCCAGCACCAGCGUGAAAAGAGAAGCCUUCCACAAGCUCUGGCCCACCAUGUUCGUAGAGAUGGUGAGGGACUGCGUGCUCAAGACCAGGGACGCAGCGGCGUGUGCGCGCACCUGCCUCGACACGCUCUCCGACGCCAAAUGAGAGGGAGGAGAGCGAUGAAAUGGAAAGCGUGUGGAGAGAAAUGAAAGGAUGUUUAACUCCACCCAGAAAAAAAAAAAAAAAACGGCAACAUUCCUGAUGUUUUUCCCUCCGUUUUCAAACACAGUCUCCUAUGGAGAUUUAAUGAAAGGUAGAGAUUUGAAGGUGUGUAUGAAUCAGACGGACUCUUUCUAAAAACAGACUCACUGUGCCACACUUAGUGUCGGUUCUAAGAAAAAAACGGAAUGACAUUUGAUUAAACAUGAUGCCUGUGAUGUUUUUAUGCUCGUUCACACACACACAAGUGUCUCAGAAGAGUAGUAAUAGUAAUAAACGAAUGCGUUUCGCUAACGUCGGUCUUCCUAAUGGUGCUGCUAACACAGACACAAAGAGAAACAUCCAGUCUGGUUCUUUUUUCUGGUCCUCUGUCUAACUGAGAAACCCCUGGGAGAAUCCUGACCUGAACUGAGCCCCCCCCGCCCCGUCCUCUCUUUUUUUAUGCUGCUGGAUAUCAUCCAAACGACUUUAACUCUUCUCGAACAGAGGGUUGUUUUUGCGCUUUGUUUUCUUUCUUUUUUUUGUUCUGUAUUUUACAGGAUAUUAAAAGAGAAUGAUGAACUCUUGACUGCUCGGCGUCUGAGUAAUGAAAGGAAAGCACGGUGUGUUUCCAAAAUCAACAGCGCCCACCGGAGACGGCGCACCAGGAGUGGGCCGAAUCUGUCAAAGCGCCACUCAGCCCACAUGCGUGUUUGCAGGUUGCUUGGCAGAGUGUGAAAAAUGUUGCUUGUGUUUUCCUUUUUCUGUGCAAGUUCACAGGAAAGUCUUAGGUGUGUAAUUACUAGGGUGAGGAAUGUGCAGUAGUUAGCUCCUGGUCUGCUAGUGUUUUUUUGUUUCAGAAACGGCUCUCCACAUAUCCUUAUAUCACACACACACACACACACACACACACACACACACACACACACACACACACACACUGUUUGUGUACUUGGAUGUUGAUCUGCUAGAUUACCUUUAUACACCUAAUUAUUAUUCAAAUCAAGUAAAAUCACUUAGGAUAAUGUACAAGGUUAUGCAGAUCAUUGGUCACCACAUGGUCUUAUGGCUCCAGUCUACAUGUGAUGAUCUCCUUUCUACAUUCAACAAAUCCUGUGGAACACGUUCUGAUAUACACUGACCAGACAUAACAUUAUGACCACCUGCCUAGUAUUGUAUUGGUCCCAUAAUUUUGCUGCUAAAACAGUCAUGACUUCAACUUUUUUAGCAGUUUGAGCUACAGGAGCUUGUG